CUGCACUGCUGUCUCUCCCCUGGGCUCCCGGGUGAGUGAUUCCCCCUGUUCCCUGCACUGCUGUCUCUCCCCUGGGCACCCGGGUGAGCGAUUCCCCCUUUUCUCUGCACUGCUGUCUCUCCCCUGGGCUCCCGGGUGAGCGAUUCCCCCUGUUCCCUGCACUGCUGUCUCUCCCCUGGGCUCCCGGGUGAGUGAUUCCCCCUGUUCCCUGCACUGCUGUCUCUCCCCUGGGCACCCGGGUGAGCGAUUCCCCCUUUUCUCUGCACUGCUGUCUCUCCCCUGGGCUCCCGGGUCGUUGCUUUGUGAUAAGUCAUCAAAACAUACUGGUUAAGUCUCUGAAGGCCACGUGGGGACAUUAUAGUAGGACACAGUGUGGAAGAAUGUGUAAGGCUGGCACAGCACAAACCCAGGCUGAGUAGGAGUGUGAGCCAACUGCAUGGAAUGAGGAUCACUGACUGAGCUCACAUUGAUUGGUUGGAUGUGGGAAAGGCUUCUUUGCAAUUGGUCAUCUUCUCACCCACCUCUGUGCUUGUACUAAAAAUAAUAAGCUUUACCCGCAGAGACAGGAGGAUGGACACCCAGGGGAAACAUUUGGCCAGCAAGGAGUGUGGGCAGGACUUUGGUACUGAGCCCAAUCCUCUCACCGGUACUGAAUGUGGGGAAACAUCAUCUCUAACCAAAGACUGUCAGGGGCAAAGAAACAUGUCUACAAGAAAAAAACCCUUUGAGUGCACAAAAUGUGGGAAAGGCUACGUCAGUAGGAUUGCCCUACUCACUCACCAGAAAAGUCACACAGUGGGGAAGCCUUUCACUUGCAAAAAAUGUGGCAAGAGUUUCCAUCGAAAAGCCAACCUUCUCUGCCACCAGCGCGUCCACUCAAAGAAGAAACCUUUUACUUGUAACGAAUGUGGGAAACGCUUCUCUCAAAAAAGUUUACUUGUCAAUCACCAGAAAACUCACACAGGGGAGAGAAAUGUCACUUGUCCAGAAUGUGGAAAAACUCUGUCUUCCAGUGGCAGCCUUCAUACACACCUCAAAAUACACACAGGGGAGAAACCAUUCACUUGUACAGAAUGUGGCAAAGGCUUUACUCAAAAAUGUUACCUUAAGUCUCAUAUUAAAGUACACACAGGGGAGAAACCAUUCACUUGUACAGAAUGUGGCAAAGGCUUUACUCAAAAAUGUUACCUUAAGUCUCAUAUGAAAAAACACACAGGGGAGAGACCCUAUACUUGUUCAGAAUGUGGCAAAAGCUUUGCUCAUAGUAAUAACCUUGUUACUCAUAUGAAAAUACACACAGGGGAGAAACCAUUCACUUGUACAGAAUGUGGCAAAGGCUUUGCUCAAAAGAUUAGUCUUUUAUCUCAUAUGAAAAUGCACACAGGGGAGAAACCAUUCUCUUGCACAGAAUGUGGCAAAGGCUUUACUCAAAAAUGUUACCUUAAGUCUCAUAUUAAAGUACACACAGGGGAGAAACCAUUGACUUGCACAGAAUGUGGGAAACAGUUUGAACACAAGGAAAGCCUCUUAGGUCACCUGAAUCUCCACACUGGGGUUAAACCGUUUACUUGUUCAGAAUGUGGCAAAGGCUUUGCUAGAAGGAGUAGCCUUGUAUCUCAUAUGAAACUACACAAAGUGGAAAAGGAAUUCUCUUGUACAGAAUGUGGGAAAAAAUUUGCACAGCAGGGUGGCUUGGCAUAUCACCUGAAAAUCCACACCGGGGAAAAAUUGUUUUGUACAGAAUGUGGAAAAGGGGUUCGCAGUAAGAGCCACCUAGCAUCUCAUAUGAAAAAACACACAGGGGAGAGACCCUAUACUUGUUCAGAAUGUGGCAAAGGCUUUGCUCAAAAGAAUAACCUUGAUACUCAUAUGAAAAUACACACAGGGGAGAAACCAUUCACUUGUACAGAAUGUGGCAAAUGCUUCACUCAAAAGAAACACCUUGAAUCGCAUAUGAAAAUACACACAGGGGAGAAACCUUUCACUUGUACAGAAUGUGGAAAAGACUUUGCUCAAAAGAGUAGUAUUUUAUCUCAUAUGAAAACACACACAGGGGAGAAACCAUUCACUUGUACAGAAUGUGGGAAAAACUUUGCACACAAGAACAGCUUCCAAAGUCACCUGCAAACCCACACUGGGGAGAAACCAUUCACUUGUACAGAAUGUGGGAAAGGCUACUUCAGUAGGAUAGCCCUUCUUGCUCACCAAAAGUGUCACACACAUGGGCCUUUCAUUUGCACAAAAUGUGGCAAGAGCUUUAGAGGAAAAAGCAGCCUUUUCCAUCACCGGCAUGUCCACAAUAUCCACAAAACAUUUUCUUGUAAAGAAUGUGGUAAAUGCUUCAAUCAAAAAAGGCUCCUUAUCGGUCACCAGAAUACUCACACGGGGGAGAGAAAUGUCACUUGUCCAGAAUGUGGGAAAACCCUGUCUUCUAGAAGAAGCCUCAAUACUCACCUUAAAAUACACACAGGGGUGAAACCAUUCACUUGUACAGAAUGUGGCAUAGGCUUUGCUGAAAAGAAUAACCUUGUAUCUCAUAUGAAAACACACACAGGGGAGAAACCAUUCACUUGUACAGAAUGUGGAAAAAGUUUUACACUAAAGGACAGUUUAACCCGCCACCUGAGAAUCCACACAGGGGAGAAACCAUACUCUUGUACAGAAUGUGGGGCAAAUUUCAGGUACAAGAGCAGCCUCUUGGAUCACUUGAAAAUUCACACUGGGGAGGCACCAUUCAUAUGUACAGAAUGUGGGAAAAUCUUUCAGCAGAAAAGCAGCCUUAUCACUCACUUUAACAUGCACACAGGGGAGAAACCAUUCACUUGUACAGAAUGUGGUGAAAGCUUCUAUAAAAAGAGCCUACUUGUUGCUCAUCAGAAAAGUCACACCAAGCAGGAAGGUGCCCCUUCUACAGAAUGUGGGAAAAGCGUUGAUCAAGAAACCCAGAUUAUCAGCCAACAAAAUAUUCGGGUUAAACCUUUCAUCUGUACAGAAUGUGGGAAACAUUUAACUAGCAAGAGAUCACUAUCCGCACACCAGAAAAUUCACAUCAGAGGGACCCCGUACACAUGCACAGAAUGUGGCAAAAGCUACCUUAUAGAGCGCAGUUUGCUCAUUCACCAGAGAAUUCACACAGGGGAGAAACCAUUCACAUGUACAGAAUGUGGCAAAGGCUUUACUCAAUCUGUAGGUCUCCAAAAACAUAAGUGUGUUCACAAAAAGGAGAAGAAACCUUUAAUGUGUACAGAAUGACAGGAAUCUUAUUUUUUUUGUUAUUUCUUGUAUUGGAAAUUAGGGGAACUGAAGUUCCUUCAUGUUUGGUCCUUGCGAGUUAGAGAAUUAGAUUCCCAGUGCACAUUACAUUGCAGUAUUGAUUCUAUAGAGUGUAAGCUCUGAUAAACAGGGCCCUCUAAUAUCAGUGAGUAUUUGUAUGUAAUUGUAUGAUUGAUGUGUACACCCUUCUAUUAUGUGGCCCUGUUGAAUAUACUGGUGCUUUAUAAAUAUGUGUUAAUAAACAUUUUUGCAAGUCUAG